CCCACGACGACGAGUAACAACGACUUUGCGUCUUACUUGACUCCUCGAAUACCGAUCAGAGCAGGUACCUCGUGAAGACUGGAAUCUGAAGACAUGUCGCAGAAGAACGACUCGCUGACGUUGACUCGCGUCGAAGACCUCACGCUUGGCGUAGCCGCGUUCGUGCCGGACGUGCCUGCGCUGAACCGUCUGGUGGCUUGUGUCGGCAGUGCUGGUGGAAAAGACAAGUUCCUUGCGCUCGUGCAGUAUACUCUGAAACUUGUUGCUCAGUUUCUUGCAUGGCGUGCGCAGGUGCAGCACCGGGCGGGUAGGAGGCUGGCGCCUACCAGUGAUGCUGCUCCUGCAUUGACCAAGUUUGCGGGCAUCAUCUCUGACGCGCGUAUGGUCCAUAACAUCACUAGUAUGUUUGGAAUGUGGCGGUGGCUGAAGGCCAUUGAAUCUCAGCCGUACAAGACGAGGCGGCUGCGAACCAUCGAGCGGCUUCAGGGCUGGUCAAUCCUCCUCUACUUUCCUCUCGAGCACAUCUGCUAUCUCAUUGGCCACGGAGUCCUGCCAGCACAAUGGUCGAUAGGCCGUCCCGCCGCCUCUCAGCUUACCAAUGAGAAGAUCCAGUCAGGGACUGUCAAGGUCGAUGUCGGCAAGCUCACUCGGAUCUCGAUGGGCCUGUGGGGCCUAUAUACCGUUCUCCAGCUGCUGCACUAUCGAGAGGACCUCAAGGAGCUUGUUGAGACUGGAGUGAGUCUUAGUAAAACGAAGGCGGACGCUACAAAGCAGAAACUGUCCGAGCUCAAACGCAAGCGGACCCUCAUAAUGGGAGAGACUAUUGCUCAGCUUUGCAAUCUCCCACUCGCCAUUCACUGGGGCACUGGAAGCACUCUAAUCAAGAGCGAACUUGUCGUCAAUCUUUUGAACCUGACUGCCAAUUUGGCAAGCUUCAGGUCGUUAUGGAUAACCAACGGCCCACCUCCUGAUACCGAGGACGCUGUAACGGAUCCAGAUAUUCUUGCGCCUGUGGGGCUGGAUGCUGGUCUGGAUGAGAUAUGAGAUCUGAUAUCUACGCUUAGGCUCGUAUUUCUGAGGACAUCGUUAUGAAUGGUCUACCAUACGCUUGUUAUGCUGCGUUGGUGAAUGGAUCUAAUCACUGGCAAUG